GAAUACUGUGCUGACGCGCUGAACCUGUACCUGUUUACCGACAUGCUCCCAGGUGGUGACUUGCUGGAUAUCGUGGAGGGAUCUUACAACAAGAAGAGGCGAAUCGAGGAGAAUUGGGUGCGGGAUGUCUUUCGUCAGGCGGCUGAAGGAGUCGCCUACUGCCACGCCAAAGGCGUCAUGCACAAGGACUUGAAGCUGGAAAACAUCAUGCUGGCCUCGGUCCAACCACCGGAGGCGGUGGUCAUCGAUGUGGGCCUCGCAGAGCUUUUCCCGCCAUCCGAAGCCGACUCCUUUAGCUCGGCGGACCCUGCUGGCACGCUGGCGACCAUGGCUCCAGAAGUGAUCCGCGGGAACUUCAACGCGAAGUGCGACGUCUGGUCUCUAGGUUGCUGUCUCUACGCACUGCUCUGCCGAAAGCCUCUGCGGCUUGAGGAUGUAAAGGGCGAAGGAAAAGGCGAAGUGGAGCUGUACGAUUACUUCUAUCCGUUCUCUCCGCCCCCGGAUGAGUCCCGCCCGGAGCUGAAGGCAUACAUCGCGCGGCAGAAGGAAGGCCCAGACUUCACCAGGGCAGGGUCAGGUCCUGGCCGGGCGAGUCCAACCAAGCCGGUUGAAACAGCGCAGGGUCAGGAGAUGGUUGAGGCAGAUCGGAUCUCUUGCGACUCGCAGCAGGGGAGUGCAUCCGAUGAGCGGCAGAGCAACCGAACUGGGCCCCAGUCACAGCUCACGCGGCAGUCGAGCCAUUUCAGCCGGUACGACAGAAUGCAGAACAUGCAGCAAGUAACCGUGGACACCGAAAUCAUCCGCGCAAUCCCCUUGCACAUGACGCUCCGUCGCUUCGGCCAGCUUUGGCGCACAUCUCCGGUGGAUCUGGAUGAAGACAGGCGGAGUGGGCUCUGGACGAAAUCUUGUCCGACCGAGAGAUUUGAUGUCUUCCUCUCUCACACGUGGCAAUCCUCUUGGAGGUGGAAGUACUUGUCGCUCCUACUGCGCUCGGGCAGCCCGGCGGUUCUGGUUGCGUGGACAUGUGCGGCCAGCUUGGCUUUUGCACUGUCAAUGUUGGAUGUGCUGGAGCUCCCGUUCGAGUACGUGCCGCAGCAUGUCGUCGUUCAGGCCGACUGCCCACUUGGAUUUUGGGUUAUGCUCUUGGGCAAUGCAGCCGUGAUGGGGGCCGUUUUUGCGUCACCUUAUCUGCCGUGCAGGAAGCAGUGUGCCUGCUUCCUGGAUGCGGUUAGCAUUAACCAGGCGGAUUCUGAAUUGCAAGAGCGCGGUGUGUAUGGAAUCGGAGGAUUCCUGAAGGUGUCCGAUGAGCUACUUGUGAUGUGGAGCCCGUUGUACCUGACACGCUUGUGGUGUGUAUAUGCAACUUGGUCAGUGUUCGGGAUCUGUGAAAUUGCAAUGUUCCGCUAUGCAAACCCUGAGGGCAGAAUCACAUUUGCACCUUCCUUCGUUGAAGCUGCAGCGUUGUGUCUCUGGUUCUUUACUGCAUUAACGGCCUUCAUUCUGUGGACGAGUCUCGCAUUCCCAUUGCGCUUGGAUCUGCUGCUGGUCGAGUGGUGUCUUGCACUGUUGCCGGUCAUCCUUUGUGCACACUUCCUGCGCCGCAGCCUGUAUAGCAAGCAGAUGCUCUUGAUGAACCUUGAACAUUUCGAUUUGGAAACUGCUCAGUGCAGAGUUGCGUUUGACAAGGAGUUUGUGCAUCAGUCUAUCGUGCAAUGGUAUGGAAGCAUCGGAGCGUUCAACGCAUACGUGCAGGGACCACUGCGUCAGGAGCUGUUAAAAUCCUCCAGUUUUCAGAUGCCUUUCAUCUACUUCCUCGUGAUCCUGACCCCGGGGCAGGGCAGUAGCCUAGAAGAGCUUUUAGGGCUUUUGAAGGCCGGGGCCGGGGCCGGGGCGACUUGGCAAGUCGUCAUGUCUCAUAUUCUUGCUCACAACGUCGGGCUUUGUAUCGCCGUGAUGUUCAGCUUAAAGUUUCUCUUCAUGCAGUGCGAGCGCUUUGCGGCUCCGCGGCAGCAUUUUCUCUUGGAUUGCCUCACGUCCGUCCUGAUCUUCCUGGCGUUCGGACUGGUGACCCUCCUCCUCGCGGGCCUUAGUCUGGCUUCGGCUUACUUUGGCAUCUUUACGGCCCUUGCCUGGGCUGUAGUGAUGCUGGCUGCGGCCUGCGUGUCCUUCAAAGGAUCUCAGCUUCGAUGCAGUCGCAGAGCAUCCAACGGCGCCGAAGGUGCCAAAGGGAGAGGAUUGGGUGGCCCCGGCCAUGCUGACGGCACGGUGACGUGA